CAAGUUGGUAGGAUGAAUUAAAAUCUCAACGAUAAGUGACGAAUCAAAUGCACGUGUGCCUGGUGCAUGUAUUUAACAAGUAUAAUUUGUCCGAGCGCGACGGCAAUUAAAGACGUUUCGCAGGAUGUAAUCGUCGCGAUUGUGACAACGCGAUCGCGGCACGACGCCGACGCCGACGUCGAUACUUGGCUCGCAGGCUAAGCGCCGCGAUUGACUUUUAUCAGUGGCGCCUGAGAGAUCUUGGUUACCCGCGAAAGCUUCCUACCGACGAGUUGAUAUAAAUUGAGAUAGGCAUGUAUGUUCCGCGUUUGCUUUUCGAGUUCAUUUCUGCCGGGGUAUCUGCUCAUUAUACCCUGCGUCGAGGCAUCGUUGUGCCAACAGCUAACAUUGACUUAAACGAUCAUCGCAGCCAUCGCGGAGUAGGCCACUCGUAACAUCCAUGCAAACCGGCAAACAAAUUCGUGCAUUAUUAAAUAUUCAGUCUCGUUCCAGAAAACUUUUUAUAUUUAUCCCGGGAUCGUUCUCGAUGUUCACUGUUUGCAAGGAUUACCUUCGUAUUUUCGCUCCGUCAGAGUUACUUCCGAUAACAUGUUCGACGCUCGAGCAAUAACAAUAACGUCGCGAUAAUAAAAUCGCGUUGCAGUGUCGGUCGCACCAAUGCACCGCACAUCUUUCGCGAGACGUUGUGCAUGUUCCAACGUAAACAUAGCGAGUUUCGCAAUUUUAAGAAACGAGAAAAAGUUUGAGAGAAAACUAAUCGACUCGUUGUGAAUAAAUUAAAAGAUAAAUCGUCACUUUUUAAACUGUAAUGUUCUCACGAGUGAAGAAAGGGAUGAAUCAGCGAUCAAUUAAAACAUAUUGAAAUCAUUGAUAAAGAUUGACAUCGCUAUACCCAUUUCAAGCGUUACAUACCACGUACGUGUGUACCUGCGUAUCAGCAGAUUUAUCACUAUUUUUGUCUAAUCUAAAUUAAAUCGGCACAUGUGCAUCGGGAUCAUAUCUAAUUAAGUCUGUCCACAGCUGGACGGAUGUGUUAUGAGUAAAUAUCGAAGAAACGAAACAGUUUCUGCGCAAGCGUCUCAUUCGCACCGUGUCUAGCGAUAACGUAGAUACUUGAAAUUAGUGUUACGCGGAAACGUUAGACCGUCAAACACAAGGUUUUCGGUAAUCGAGGAGCUCGUUCUUCGCUCAUUCGACAAGUUGACAUUUUGCCGUAACAUGUCGUCCGAAUCGUACAAAAGAAAAGUAAAAAGUUUAAACGACAUUGUCGAGGUCUUUGGAACGCGUAACAACACAAUCAGGAGUAUCCAGUCGGAGAAUUCAAAAUUUUAUACGACAAAUACUGCGGAAUCCUAUAAAGAAUUAAAUCGAAGCAUAAAGAACGCUAGAAUUAAACGGAAAGAUGAAAAUGAAAAUGAAAAUGAAAAUGAAAAAACCGUGAGUGACCCGAUGGAACUUGCGGAACAAACGAAAUCGUUGAACGUGGAUCUGGGCGUACAAUUGACAAAUGAUUCAAAGACCAGCCCACUCGAUAUACCGAACUUGACGGACGCAUUAUUCGAAGAAGAGAAACCGAAUCAUAAGCGAAACUCGACACACGUUUCGAGGAAACGGGUGAAAAUGCAAAAACGAAUUCUAUCGAUAGGCGAUUCGUUCCUCUCGAUGAUUUUAAUUACUCCACUGGCCGUUGGUUUUUGGGAAGGUACGUGGACCAUGAUGGAUCUUCACGGCGAAUGGUUCCCCGGAGUAUUCUGUUUCCUUUUCGGCGUCCUGCUACAUACCAGCUUCGCGAUUUUCAAGAAUUUUCUACAGGAUCGUGUUGCUGACGCGUGGCGAAAAAAAACCUGUUCGAGCGUCGCCGUCUGCAAGCUCGCACAAAUUUUGUACACUUACAUCUUCGGUGUCGCCUGCAUCUUGCACUGGAGAGGAGGCUGGAUCGUUUUCGACUGGUUCUUCGCCGGUCGUAUUUGGUAAGAUCAGUUUCUACAACAAAAAACUCCUAUGAAAAGAAAGAAAGAAAAAUAAUAAUAAACAUGUUUGCACGUUACUUCCAUUUUACCAAUUUG